CUAGCUCAAUAAUAAUAAACAAUAUAAGCUUGAUCGAAGAUAGUUAGUUAGUUAGUUAGUUAGUUAUUAUGUUCUCAGUGUCGUCAUUUUCUGUUACUUGUUCAAUGCUGGUGGGUUCAAUAUCAUCAUCAUCAUCAUUCCCAUUCCCUUGUUCUUUUGCCAAAACCAGCGUGAGCAUCAACACCACUACUACUAUUUCUACUAUAUGCUUAGCAGCUAUAACCAAAGAUGUGUGGACCCCAACAUCCAACACUAACACUAACACUAACACUAACACUAGGGAACGUCGAACACGUAGUAGAAGCCAACAACAACGUGGGUACUUGGACCAUAGCGUGGACAUGGAGGAACUAUUAACGUCAAUUGGGGAAACCCAGAACGAGCAAGAACUGUAUGCUCUAAUGUCACCCUACAACGGGAGACAGCUCUCUAUUCGGUUCAUGGUUUCCUUGCUCUCCCGCGAGCCCGAUUGGCAACGCUCCCUUGCCCUUCUCGAUUGGAUCAACGAAAAGGCCCUUUAUUCUCCUUCUCUCGUCGCUUACAACGUUGUUCUUCGCAACGUUCUUCGAGCCAAGCAGUGGCACCUCGCACAUGGCCUGUUUGAUGAAAUGCGUCAAAAGGGUCUCGCCCCUGAUAGGUACACUUACUCCACCCUCAUUACUUAUUUUGGGAAACAUGGUUUGUUUGAUGCUUCUUUGUCUUGGCUCCAGCAGAUGGAGCGAGACAAUGUUCCUGGUGACCUUGUCUUGUAUAGUAAUUUGAUUGAGCUUUCCCGCAAGUUGUGCGAUUAUUCUAAGGCCAUUUCCAUCUUCAUGAGAUUGAAAAACUCCACUAUUACUCCUGACCUUAUUGCUUAUAACUCUAUGAUUAAUGUUUUUGGAAAAGCUAAGCUCUUCCGUGAGGCUCGUCUUCUUCUUCAGGAGAUGAAGGACAAUGGUGUUCACCCGGAUACCGUCAGCUACUCAACGCUUCUUGCCAUCUAUGUUGAGAAUCAAAAGUUUGUUGAAGCACUUUCUGUAUUCUCUGAGAUGAAUGAAGGGAAAUGCCCGCUUGAUCUUACAACCUGCAAUAUCAUGGUUGAUGUUUAUGGCCAGCUUCACAUGGCCAAAGAAGCUGACCGGCUGUUCUGGAGCAUGAGGAAAAUGGGAAUUGAACCCAAUGUGGUUAGUUAUAAUACGCUCUUGAGGGUUUAUGGAGAGGCUGAACUAUUUGGGGAAGCCAUCCAUCUGUUUCGUUUGAUGCAAAGGAAGGGUGUAGAACAGAAUGUUGUCACCUACAACACUAUGAUUAAUAUUUAUGGCAAGUCUCUUGAGCAUGAGAAGGCAACAAAUCUCAUUCAAGAAAUGCAGAAUAGAGGUAUUGAACCAAAUGCCAUCACUUAUUCAACAAUAAUAUCUAUAUGGGAAAAGGCAGGAAAACUGGACAGGGCGGCCAUUUUGUUUCAAAAAUUAAGGAGUUCAGGAGUUCAAAUUGAUCAGGUUCUUUACCAGACAAUGAUUGUAGCCUAUGAGAGAGCAGGUUUAGUUGCUCAUGCUAAGCUUCUGCUUCACGAGCUCAGACGACCAGACAACAUUCCCAGGGAGACUGCAAUCACAAUUCUUGCUAGGGCUGGUAGAAUUGAAGAAGCUACAUGGGUUUUCCGGCAGGCUUUUGAUGCUGGAGAGGUAAAAAAUAUAUCUGUAUUUGGUUGCAUGAUAAAUCUUUUCUCAAGGAACAAAAAGUAUGCAAAUGUAGUUGAAGUGUUUGAGAAGAUGAGAGAGGUGGGAUAUUUUCCUGAUUCUAAUGUUAUUGCUCUCGUGCUAAAUGCUUUUGGAAAGCUGCGUGAAUUUGAGAAAGCAGAUGCUUUAUAUAGACAGAUGCAUGAAGAAGGGUGUGUUUUUCCAGACGAAGUUCAUUUCCAGAUGCUCAGUCUAUAUGGGGCAAGAAAGGAUUUCGCAGUGGUAGAGUCAUUGUUUGAGAAGCUGGAUUCUAAUCCCAAUAUCAACAAGAAGGAGUUGCAUCUUGUUGUUGCCAGCAUUUAUGAAAGAGCAGAUAGGCUUAAUGAUGCUUCCCGAAUCAUGAACAGGAUGAAUAAAAAAGAAAUCAGAAGUCAUGACCAUGCUUAGAAAGUAUGCAUCUGCCUGUCCCUCUGUAACUUGUGUUGUUGAUGAACAUUCGUUUGCCCCUGAUCAUCCAUAAAUACUGUAUUCAGAAAACCUCAUUCCCAAAGAAGUGUCCUAUGUAUAUAUGAUAUUGAGCAACGACCCAUAUUCUGAAUAGCAGUGGAAGUUAAUCAUUAGCAGUUCUGUAUUCAGGCUUACGAGCACUCUUCUUUUUUCACAAUGUCCUUUUGGAAAUAUAAAAAGUGAAAAGUUGAGCCCCUAAUGCCUAAAGUUGAGCCACUUUCCUGUAAAUCUGAUGGCUGUGUUAGUUGUAAAU